AUGUUACUGCCCUAUGUGAAGAAGUUUGAGGCUUACAUGAAAAGUGGUACCAGGCAUCCUGCUUUCCCCUGGUCCCUAACCUCCAGAAUUCGCCAAUUUCCUUAUGCAUGGUACUACCAAAACAACAAAUUUGUUCGGUACUACGCUUUAUGCAUGCCUGUGUUCUUGCCUCUUUGUGUGUAUCUUCUCAUUAAGUUUCACUUCGUGAAGAAGAAACUCACUCACAACUAUGACCCAUUCAACCCCUAUGAAAUUCCUGCUAGCAAGCUGGGGCACUAUUAA